AUGGCCGAAGGUUUCAUUCAAUCAUCAUUCGGAAGCAACCACAUGGAAAACAUCGGUGGAGAGUAUUUCAAUAAUCUAUUACGGCGGUCCUUCUUUCAAGAUGUUGAGAAAGACGAUGAUGGGAAUAUAGUAUGCUGCAAGAUGCAUGACCUCAUGCAUGAUCUUGCACGCUUUGUUGCAGGGACUGAAUGCUCGAUUGUGCAGGUCGAUAAUGCAGAGAGCAUCGAAAAUAAAUCUCGCUGUUUGUCCUUGGAGUGUGGGUAUAGCUGGAAGGUCCGAACAUUCCCAAAGGCCUUAAAGAAAGUAAACCAUUUGCGAACACUACUGCUGCUUGAAGGAGAGAGUUUCAGCAUCCCUCGUAAUCAUUUCGUACAUUUUACGUGCUUACGCGUGUUAGAUUUAAGCAAAGCCAAUGUUACUAAGGAGUUGUUGGUUUCAAUCGGCAAGUUGAAACAACUAAGAUACCUCGACUUGUCUUAUACUGAAAUAGCAGCCCUUCCUGAAUCCAUCUGCAGCCUUCCCCAUCUGCAAACCUUGAGACUCUUGUGGUGUUAUAAUCUUGCAGAGUUACCCAGGGACAUGAGCAAAAUGACUAGCUUAAGACAUCUUGAAAUAGAUGGGUAUAAUUAUAAAUUGACCCAUAUGCCAGCUAAUAUGGGAGAAUUAAAGUUCCUUCAGACCUUGCCAAUAUUCAUCAUUGGUAAGGAUAGAGGAUGUGGUAUAAAAGAGCUGCAAGACCUAAACCUUCGAGGAAGCUUGAUUAUUCGAAACCUCGAGAACGUGAUGUGUAGAGCAGAUGCACAGGAAGCUAACUUGAAGGAGAAGCCAAACCUUCAAAAGUUACACUUUUCAUGGGGUUCAUGGGGUCAAGAUAUUGAUCUUAAGUUGGCAGGAAAUGUUGAGGAAACCCUUGAAGGUCUCCAACCACAUCCGAAUCUCAAAAGGUUGGAGGUUGAAGGGUACGUGGGUGUCAGAUUUCCUAUUUGGAUGAGUUCUUCAUUGCUCUCGAAUCUGGUUGAAAUCUCACUGUUCAAUUGCAGAAGAUGCGAACAGCUCCCCCAGCUUGGCCAAUUACCAUUGCUUAAGGUUCUUGAGAUAGUGGGAAUGCAUGCUGUGAAAUCUAUUGGCAACCAUUUCUAUGGGGACAAUGUUGCAGAGGGAUUCCCGUCACUGGAAGAACUCAGGUUGGAAGAUAUGCCUAAUUUAGAGGAGUGGUCAGGAUUCAACGGAAGAGAAGUACUCCCCUGCCUUAACCGAUUAUCUGUCUUCAGAUGCCCAAAGUUAACAACACUUCCAUGCCUUCAGUCUCUGAAAGAAUUGACAUUGACUGAUAGUAAUGAGAUGUUGUUAGGUUCAGUGGCAAACCUAACCUCGCUUUCGUACUCGAUGAUUGAAAAUUUCAAGGAGCUAAGGUCGUUGUCAGGUGGGUUGUUCCCAAAUCAUACCCGUCUCUUGACCCUAGACAUUAGGAGAUGUCCAAAGCUUGAGUCUGUGUCGGGGGAGCUUGGAAACCUUGCUGCUCUAGAGUCUUUGAAAUUUUGGAGAUGCCCAAAGCUUGAGUCUGUGUCGGGGGAGCUUGGAAACCUUGCUGCUCUAGAGUCUUUGAAAUUUUGGAGAUGUCCAAAGCUUGAGUCUGUGUCGGGGGAGCUUGGAAACCUUGCUGCUCUAGAGUCUUUGAAAUUUUGGAGAUGCCCAAAGCUUGAGUCUGUGUCGGGGGAGCUUGGAAACCUUGCUGCUCUAGAGUCUCUCUGUUGA